GUCUCGUUGCGAUAAAAAUCGAGCUCAGUGAACGUUCCAUUUUGAUAUUCUCUGUGUAUAUGCCUACCGAGUCCAAUGAUAAUUUAGUGGAGUUCACAGAGUGUCUCAGUGAAAUGACAGCCAUAAUUGACAGUCACAAUGUGGAGUCGGUGUUUAUGUUAGGGGACUUCAAUGCGCACCCGGGUGAGUCAUUUGCUAUUGAACUCUUAACCUUUUGUGAGGAACAAUCGUGGUCGUGUGUGGACUUGGAGCUGAUGCCGUCGGACAGUCAUACAUUUGUCAGUGAUUCGCACGGCUGUCGACGCUGGCUCGACCACUGUCUUGUGACCAAUGCCGCGCGGCAAUCUGUGUCUGCGGCUUCUGUAUUAUAUAAUACCUAUUGGUCAGAUCAUUACCCAGUGUCUAUACUAUGUAAUCUUAAUUUAGUUGAGCCUAAGAUUAGUAUACCUACUGGUUGUAUAAAUAGGAUAGUUUGGGGUGAACGUGAUUCGUUGCAGAUAGCGAAAUUUAAAGAUAUAUGCCAGUCGAGACUUAGAGAAGUUGAUUUUCCUUCAGAAUUAAGAAACUGCUCAGAUAACUUGUGUUGUAAUAAAAGUCAUAAAAUCUUGUUAGAUAACAUGUACGACGAAAUAAUUUGUAUAUUGUCUGAGGCUGCUAUAUGUAGUUAUAAUGACACGGAAAAGCGUAGAGGUAAAUACAUUACUGGUUGGAACAGGCACGUCCGCGGCGCUCAUGGGAGGGCUCGGCUAUGUUUUCAGGCGUGGUUGAUUGCGGGUAAGCCCGGGGCUGGUCGUCUUUACGAUGAUAUGUGUGAAUCUAGGCGCGUGUUUAAAUCUAAGUUAAAGUGGUGUCAGAAUAAUCAACAACAGAUAAAAAUGGAUAUCAUAGCGAAACUACACUCAAACAAGAAAUUCGGUCAGUUCUGGAAAAACACCAAUAAAAUGAAUCAUAAGCCGGGCCUCCCCGUGAGCGUAGCGGGAGUGCAUGAGCCUAGUGAGAUCGCCGCUAUGUUCUCCCACCAUUUCAGAGCAGGCUCUCCUAUGGGGCUAGCGCGACAGGAGCCCGAUGUUGAGGAAAGUAGUAUACGUAGUGUUUAUUUUACUACGAAGGAAGUGCGUACGGUGAUCAGAGGCAUGGUGAGGGGUAAAUCCCCGGGUCACGACAGCCUUAGUAUCGAGCACCUACAGCAUGCAGGUGUACACCUGCCCAGGGUUCUUUCUAUGUUUUUUACCUUGUGUUUAGGUCACUCCCACCUACCUGAUAAUUUAAUGCGUACUAUAGUUGUACCAAUCAUCAAAAAUAAAACUGGUGAUACAUCAGAUGUAAACAACUAUAGACCGAUCUCUCUGGCCACAGUGAUCGCCAAAGUACUGGACAGUCUGCUUGGUCAGCAACUGGAUAAACACGUCUCGCUAAGAGACGCGCAGUUCGGCUUUAGGCCUGGGCUUUCUACCGAGAGUGCUAUUCUGUGCCUCAAGCAGACUGUACGGUAUUACACGACUAGGAGGACCCCAGUAUACGCUUGUUACCUUGAUUUAUCGAAAGCAUUCGAUCUUGUAUCGUACGAUAUUCUGUGGGGGAAAUUAAGGGAUGAAACUUGCUUACCUAGGGAAAUUGUGCGGUUAUUCAUGCAUUGGUAUAGCAAUCAAAAGAAUUUUGUUAGAUGGGCCGGAUCUCGCUCGGAGGAGUACAGGCUGGAAUGCGGGGUGAGGCAGGGGGGGUUGACCUCUCCCACGCUCUUCAACCUGUACGUCGACCGAUUGAUCGAUGAGCUCAGCAACACCGGCAUCGGGUGUCAUAUAGAUGGAGUGUGUGUGAAUAAUAUCAGCUAUGCAGACGAUAUGGUGCUGCUGAGCCCAUCGAUUGGUGCCUUGCGCGGGCUCCUGAAAAUUUGCGAGUCCUACGCGGUGGCUCAUGGGCUCAAAUACAACGCGAAGAAAAGUGAAAUAAUGAUUUUCAGACCAGAUAACAAGCGUUACAAUUUUGUUCCAAAUUUCACUUUAUGUGGCAUAGCUCUGAACAAAGUCGAGCAAUUUAAGUAUUUGGGCCACUGGGUCACUGAGGACCUUAAGGAUAGUGUGGAUAUUGAAAGGGAGCGUAGGGCGCUGUGUGUCCGGUGCAACAUGUUGGCACGUAGGUUUGCACGGUGCACGGGGAUUGUCAAAGUUGCGCUCUUUAAGGCGUAUUGUCAGUCUUUUUACGCCUGCGGCCUGUGGGUUGACUUCACGCAGCGGACAUACAGCGAUCUGCGCGUUCAAUAUAAUAACGCGUUCCGGGUGCUGAUGGGGCUGCCGCGGCACUGCAGCGCUUCUGCGAUGUUCGCGACUGCUAACACAGACGGCUUUCCAGCCAUCAUGCGCAAACGGUGCGCUUCAAUCAUGCGCCGCAUGCGCGACAGUCCCAACGGCAUCUUGUGCGCGCUGGCGGAUCGGUGGGACUCUCCGAUGCUGGCUCGCUGGAUAAGGCUGCAUGCAGUUGUAUAGUGUUUUGCCACCAUCAUCGGGGAGUCCACCCGGACCCGCCACUACAAGUUAGUGCUCAAUUAGAUUAGACGUGAUCAAUAGUUAUUAUUAUUACUAACACUAGUUUGUAAGCUCGCAAUUGUACUAAC